GUUCAUUCAGUUCAUUCAGUCACAGAGUUGGUAGGAUUUUGACGAAAACCAUUGCAUUUGCGUGCAACGAAAACGGUUUUCUGCCUCGAGUCUUGUGUGAAGUGCGUUUACUGUGUGUGUUAAAUCAAAUAAAAUUAAACUGUAGUGUAAAAGCAAGUGAUUUUUUGUGUUCUGUGUGAUAAUGGCAACGGAAUUUCCGCCGUCGCCCGCGUGAACAAGUAAGACUCUAGAGCAGUGAACCUCACGUGCGAGCCGCCUCAAGCAUCAACCGACCACAAUGAAAAUGGUGUUGUCACAACGGCAACGAGAGGAGCUGAACAAAGCGAUUGCCGAUUAUCUAGGCAGUAACGGUUACAAUGACGCGCUGGAAGCGUUCAAGAAAGAAGCCGACAUGACCGGCGAGAUGGAUCGCAAGUUCGGUGGCCUCUUGGAGAAGAAAUGGACCUCCGUCAUCAGACUUCAGAAAAAGGUUAUGGAACUGGAAUCUAAAUUGUCGGAGGCUCAGAAGGAAUUCAUCGAGGGUGCUCCAACGCGAGCUAAGCGCACUCCAACAGAAUGGAUUCCGCGUCCACCCGAGAAGUUUUGUCUCACUGGACACAGGGCCACUAUUACUAAGGUAAUAUUUCACCCCGUGUUCAGCUUGAUGGUGUCCUCGAGCGAGGACGCAACCAUAAAAGUUUGGGACUUUGAGAGCGGCGAGUACGAACGAACAUUGAAGGGUCACACCGACUCCGUACAGGACAUUGCAUUCGACCACCAUGGAAAAUUACUUGUGUCUUGCAGCGCCGACAUGUCGAUCAAGCUGUGGGAUUUCAAUCAGACGUUCGAGUGCAUCAAGACUAUGCACGGACACGACCACAACGUCUCCUCGGUGGCUUUCUCUCCUAGCGGCGACAUCGUGUACUCCGCCAGUCGGGAUAAAACUAUCAAAGCCUGGGAGGUCGCCACUGGGUACUGCAUCAAGACAUACAAAGGUCACCGCGAGUGGGUGCGUAUGGUGCGCGUGUCGCCGGACGGGACCCUGCUCGCUUCCUGCUCAAACGAUCAGACCGUGCGCAUAUGGAACGCGGACACUAAUGAAUGCAAGAUGGAACUUCGCGAACAUGAGCACGUGGUGGAGUGCGUGUCGUGGGCCCCCGAGGCUGCCGCCGCCGCCAUCAACGAGGCCGCCGGAGGAGACAACCGCCGCGCCAACCACACCGGACCCUUCCUCGCCAGCGGCUCGAGGGACAAGUCCGUUAAGAUCUGGGAGGUGAGCACGGGCCAGUGCCUGGCGACGCUGGUGGGGCACGACAACUGGGUGCGCGGCGCGGCGUGGCACCCCGGCGGCCGCUACCUGCUCACCGCCUCCGACGACAAGACCCUGCGCGUCUGGGACGUCGCGCACACGCGCUGCCUCAAGACCCUCUAUGCGCAUCACCACUUCGCCACCAGCCUCGGUAUCCUAUACCUCAUUAUCCUUUCCUACUUUACUUUGCUUGCGUCGUAUUCCUCACUGCUGAGGGUCUUUUUUUUCCUUCCUAAGCUGAUGGUCUUGAGUGACCAUAUCAGCUUCGCGUUCUGGACAAAAAGUCCCACUGUAAUUGAGACUUAAAAUUUAAACAUCUGUGUCAUUAUGAAGUAAUGUCUUCUAUCCUUUUCUAAUAGAAUCGUUUUUUUUAUUUUCAGAUUUCCACAGAAGCUUGCCAUACGUGAUAUCGGGCAGCGUAGAUCAGACCGUCAAAGUUUGGGAGUGUCGCUAGAAGCAUUGCCAUUUUAGUAACUUAAACUCACCGAUGAUAUCUUUAUCAUUAUAUUUUCACGUUCGAUAGCUACAGUGAGGGCAAAUCAAUUACGCGGGGUCGUUCAGUUCGCAUCCAACAAUAUUGAUUUUGCUUUCAUUCAUCAUUGUGGUUUAUUUCGUACAGUUGACGAUGCUAUGUCUGUACACGCACUUUCAUGAUCUAGAUCUAUCCGGCUCAAAUUGAAUUUGUAAUCCGUUUAUAUUUUUGGCAUAGAUUCGCACAUUCCAUUAAAAUACGAUCCUAGAUAGUUAUCAGCUUGUUCUUGCUUCCGUAACGUGUACAAUGUCAGUUCUCUAUAACCGAUGACGUAGCAUUCGUCCUAUAACGUUCACCCGAUCGAAACGUUGGAGUGGGGAGUAAAAGCUGUGUUAUAAUUUAACAUUUCAAUAAUCUGUUUUAUUUUAUAGUUAUUGUUUAUUCGUAAGAAUGUGUUAGUUAAUAAAUUUUAUUUCGUACGAAUAGUUAAAUGAUUUCUACAAUGUCAGCUCUAGAAGAACUUGUACCUUGAUUUGUUUAUUUUUAAUUUAGCUAUGUUAAAUUUUAUAUUGAUGAUUAUUCAUGACAGUCAUCUACAAAAUAGUCAUACUGAUCAGCACAUGUCAUUAGAGCACCAGAAUGCCUGUUCAUCCUCCCAUCUGCAAUGUACAUAGACUGUAGAUGUUCGUCUCAACUCGAUAUGAUGUUCAUUACGUUUGUUGGCUGGCAACGCUAACAGCAUUAAUGAAUGUCUAUGGAGACCGCAACUCUAUGUGCAUACAUUUACAAAUCGUUUUUAAACGAAACUGCAACUUAGUCAACGCGCUUUUACAAUAUCAGUUUCAUAUGGACUUAUUUUAAGUUUUGGCAAUUCAAAACUUUAACUAUAAGUUAGUGCGUUAUAUUUUGAUGUUUUUUUUUUUAUUAUUAUUAAUAAUUAUUUAUUUAUAGUGAGGUUUUUUUUAACUUUAACGUCUCAAACGAAAAUUGCUGUUUUAGGUGCAUUGAAUUGCUAUUUGUGUGUUUUUCAAGUUUGUCUUUACAUUUUACGUCAUUAUCAAUUUAUCAUACAGUAAAUUAAUUUAAAUUAAAAUGUGUGAUUAUACGAUUAAUAUUUUUACUUUCAACUUCAUAUUCGCGGUAGCUAGAUUCAUAUAAACGAAUGCCUAUUUAGUUCAAUAUAUAAGUUAUUUAUUGAAUUAUUUGUGUUGCCUGGUAAAAUAAUCGAUUACGUAGUUCUAAUAAAGUAUGUAUGGUGUAAUUUUAUAUUCUGCUUUGCCGUUACGGCUAGUGCAUGAGUAAAAUAUGAAUGCCCUGUGUAUUACUCUUGAGAGCUAGCCAGCAUUAUCGCUAAUAUUGUAUUAGACGUAGGCCUUGCUGCUUUCCCGCAGUAUAUAUAGAUGUAUCUUAAAAUAUGCUUACGUUACGGCAAUGAUGUUAGCUAUAAAAUAUGUAAUAGAUUGUUUCUUAACGAACAUUAGAUUUGCUUAAUAUCAUAUAAAUCCAUAUGCCGUGUUCAAAGAGAUUAUAAAACUAAUUCGAAAUAGCUAUUAUAUCUAACAUGCUCUUAUCUUAAGAUUAUCAAUCACAAUUCACCGAACUACUAAAAUAAUACAACAGUAUCUAAAUUCUUGUAUUGUGAUAAAUAUUUGUAGAUAAUAUUACAACUUGGGGUUUUAAAAAUAAUAACAAUGAUAAUUCCGAAUAUUCGUCUAAUUUCAAAUUUGUAUCAAUAUCAGAAUAAGAAGUUAAAGAAAUAUUAUUAGUUUACGCAUUUAGAUGAAAUGCUUGUACAACCAUAAUAGUAUGAUCUCUUUGAAAAAUGGUAGUUUGCAAAGUAGAAUGUGUAUGAUGCAUAAUUUUAAGAUGUUUGUAAUACAAUUUAUUGAAUAAAGUAGGUAUUUGCACUCACCAGUUUAUGCUUAAAUAUAUUAGAAAUAAAAGCUAAAAAUGUUUGCAUAACGUGUGAAGAAAUAUCUUGUUUCCUUCUAGUACUAAAUACAAAUAGCGUGGCAGUCUUGUAUGUAAACAACAUUUACGAUUUGCCUGUAUUCAUGGAAAAUUACCAAAACUAAAUGUACAUUUGGUUUAAUGUUUUCUGUAAAUAAAUAAACAAUUAAAUACCUAAUUUAUUCCAAA